AUGUCAGCAGACACCCGCCCAAUAUCCCCAACCCACUUCGCCACCGCCCUCCACGACCUCUCCCUGCCAACCCUACACCUCAAAGCCCUCGAAAUCCGCAACUCCAUCCUCCACCUCGAAUACUCAAACGCCCAGCUCGCCCCCUACGCAGCAGGCGACGCCACGACCCUCGACUCCGCCACCGACGCAUCAGCAGGCCACGGCCCGGACCCGACCUGCGUCGAAGCCAUUCGCGAAAACGACGUCGUCAUCGCCCGCAUGCGCGAGCGCGUCCAGAUUAUCCGCGACGAGGUCGAGAGCAGGGGACACUCGUGGAACGAGUUCAAGAGCAAAGAGGAGGUGGAGGAAGAGGAGGUGGAAGCAGCGCGAGGAGGAGCGGCGGCGGAUCGGAGGGGGAUCACGAGUGAAUCCGUGGCUGGUGCGCAUGGCGUCAAUGGGAACGGGAUUCCGGCGACAAACGGGCUUGGCGCGGCGGCGGCGGAGGAGAAUAGGAUUGCUGCUGGACGUCAGGGCGCGCCGGCGAGUAAUGGCAGUGGUCCUGUCGCGAGCUCGUCACACCCUGCUUGGAUGGACGGUACAUUCCAGAUGGGGACGAUACGCAACGGCGUGAUCACGAUGGAUGGUCCACCUGCGCAACCUUCUCAGCCAGCUCAGCAAGCAAGUGGGACCGGUGGUCGCCUGACAGAUGAGGAACUGCGCCGGGCCAUGGAGGAGCGGAUGAGGGGUCUCGGCGAUGAUGACGAGGACGGCGGAAUGCAUCUGUGA